AGAAAAGAAGAAAUAAUUUAUUCUUUUAAAUUUGUAAAAAUUUUAUUCGUUUGUCUUUUUCUGUUCAUAUUCAACAAUACACGUUUAUUUUCGAAAAGAGUGAAUUUUAUUUUAUCUUUCUAACAUUUGGUCCGAUUCGAGCCGUAUAUUAAAUAAAAAAAUGGAAAAUGAACCAUUAAUAGUAUUACAAGACGAACUGAAGCAAAAUAUUUCAAAAGCACAAAUUAAUUUUAAGAAGUCGCCCCGGGAUAGAAUAACAACAACUUAUGUGGAAGCAAGAUUAAAUACAUUAGAGUUAUACUGGAGUAAGUUUACAAACAACCAUGAUCAAAUUAUAACUAAGAUAGAUAAGAACAAUAGAUCGCAAAUUGAGUAUUUCGAGGAAGAUGUCUAUAGUAAUGUAGAAGAAAAUUAUUAUAUUUACAAAGGUGAGUUGAACACAGCUUUACAAAAAUUGAAUCCAAUGCCAUCCACAUCUAGAGAAGAAUGCAACUUUAAGCAAGAAGACGAUGUUAAGUGCUAUAGUAGAGACGUUAAAUUACCACGUAUUACUAUACCAACUUUUUCCGGAAAUUAUACCGAAUGGCAAUCUUUUUAUGAUUUAUUUACAUCAUUGAUUCAUAACAAUGGACACUUAGAUGAAGUACAGAAGCUUCACUAUCUGAAAAGUAGCUUGUCAGGAGAUGCAGAAACAUUGCUUAAAGGAGUACCGGUGACUGGAAACAAUUAUGGAGAAGCAUGGAAUAUCUUAAAGAAAAGAUAUGACAACAAGCGGUAUGUUACAAAUUACAUUUUUAAGAAAUUUUUUGGACAAAGGAAUAUUACUCAGGAAUCAGCUUUUAAUAUCAAACAACUAUUAGACACCUCCGUCGAAUGCAUCAAUGCUUUGAAACAUAUUGGUUUGCCUACAGAAUAUUGGGACGCUAUUUUAAUUUAUAUUAUUAUUUCAAAAUUAGAUGAAAAUAGCCUAAAGCAGUGGGAAGAGACAAUUAGUGCAGAUAGUACAGAUGAGAUACCAAAAUUACAGAAACUAACAACUUUUCUCGAAACUAGGUUUAGAACAUUGGAAAUGAUUGACAGUAGUAACUACAAAUCAAAACUAAUGAGACCGAAAACAUUUCACGCUAGUAUCGAGCACCAAUGUUCGUUCUGCAAAGGAAAUCACUAUAUAUACAACUGUAAGGAGUUUGUGAAACUGUCCAUCGAGAAGAGAUAAAAAUAAUUCACACGUCGUACGGGCUCUACUUGAUCAGGGAUCACAAGCCUCGUUUAUCACUGAGAAGAUAGUUCA